AUGGUCAUUCUGCCAGGCAAUGUCCUCAUCAUCCUCACAAUCUGGAGGGACUCCCACCUGGGGUCUCCCAUGUAUUUCUUUCUGGCCAAUAUGGCAUUCCUGGACAUCUGCUACUGUUCUGUGACCCCACCCAAAAUGCUGGCUGACUUCUUUUCACACCGUAAGACUAUUUCCUACAAUGCUUGCAUGGCCCAGGUUUUCUUCCUCCACUUCCUGGGAGCGGCUGAAGCUUUCCUGCUCAUGGCCAUGGCCUAUGACCGCUAUGUAGCCAUUUGCAAACCUCUUCACUACACCAGGCUUGUGAACAGAGGGGUGUGCUGUGUCCUGGUUGGAGCUGCAUGGGUGGGGGUGGUCCAUGGCAUCAUUCUGUUUGCAUUCAGCAUCCACCUCCCCUUAUGUGGUCCCAACAUCCUGGACAACUUCUUCUGUGAUGUCCACCAGCUGGUCAAGCUGGCCUGUGCCAACACUCACACAGUGGAGCUUUUGAUGUUCCUCAACAACGGAGCUGUUAUCGUCGUGUGCUUUGUACUGCUCCUGAUCUCCUACACCGCCCUGUUGCUGAAGCUCCAGACACAGUCCUCCAAGGCAAAGAACAAAGUAGCCUCCACCUGUGUUUCCCACAUCAUUGUGGUUUUUGUCAUGUGUGGCCCAGCCAUGUACAUCUAUAGUUUACCCUUCCAAGCUGUCCCAAGGGAAAAACUUGUUGCUGUUUUCCACACAGUCAUCUUCCCCUUGACUAACCCCAUGAUCUAUACCUGGCGCAACCAGGAGAUCAAAGGCUCAAUGUGGAAGCUGCUCAGCAAAGCACAGUUUGGUGUGGAAAACUAA